GAUGAAAAGAACCAACUGAUGACGACAAAUGUCUGGCUCUGGCAGGAGUGGGUUGACUUGAAGCUGAAGUGGAACCCAGACGACUACGGAGGCAUCACCUCCAUCAGAGUGCCUUCAGAGAGCAUCUGGCUGCCCGACAUCGUCCUCUAUGAGAAUGCGGACGGUCGCUUCGAGGGUUCCCUGAUGACCAAAGCCAUUGUGCGUUGGGACGGCACCGUCACCUGGAAGCCGCCGGCCAGCUACAAGUCCUCCUGCACCAUGGACGUCACCUUCUUCCCCUUCGACCGCCAGAACUGCUCCAUGAAGUUCGGCUCCUGGACUUAUGACGGCAACACGGUGGACCUGGUCCUGGUGGAUCGCUACGUGGACCGCACGGACUUCUUCGAUAACGGGGAGUGGGAGAUCCUGAACGCCACGGGGCAACGGGGGAGCAGGCGGGACGAGAUGUACUGGUACCCGUUCAUCACCUACUCCUUCAUCCUCAAGAGACUGCCUCUGUUCUACACCCUCUUCCUCAUCAUCCCGUGCCUCGGCCUCUCCUUCCUCACCGUGCUGGUGUUUUAUCUGCCGUCCGACGAAGGCGAGAAGCUGUCGCUGUCCACGUCGGUGCUGGUGUCGCUCACCGUGUUCCUCCUCCUCAUAGAAGAGAUCAUCCCUUCAUCUUCAAAGGUGAUCCCACUGAUUGGAGAAUACCUGCUCUUCAUCAUGAUCUUCGUCACUUUCUCCAUCAUCAUCACCGUCUUCGUCAUUAAUGUGCACCACCGUUCCUCCGCCACGUACCACCCCAUGGCCCCCUGGGUAAAGAGCCUCUUCCUCCAGAGGCUGCCCAGACUGCUGUGUAUGAGGGGCCACACCGACAGAUUCCACUUUGCGGACAUGGAGAUGCGCAGCCCCGAGCUGAAGACCCGUAAAGGUGUGGGGGGGAGGAGGGGGGGCGCCCCGCCCCGAGGGAAGGAGGACCAGAACCACGCCUGGGCGGCCAUGCUGGAGAAAGCCACCAGCUCAGUCCGCUACAUCAGCCGUCACAUCAAAAAGGAGCAUUUCAUACGAGAGGUUGUUCAAGACUGGAAGUUCGUGGCUCAGGUGUUGGACCGGAUCUUCCUUUGGGUUUUCCUCACGGUGUCCAUACUGGGAACGGUCCUCAUCUUCACCCCCGCUCUGACGCUGUUCUUCAGCACACCUUGAUGAACAACACACAACUUAACCAGAAGUUCAAUAAACUAUUCACAAAUUACAUAUUUUAUUUGUUUGUAGCAGUUGUAAACUAUGAUUUUGCAUUUUGUAAUGAGUUGAACUGUAGUUGUCGAGGCCAUUUGUCCAAUAAAUAAAUCAAAACUA